AUGUUUUGCAGGUCUUUCUGGCACCGCAAUGUUGCCGGGGUGAUGGCUGCCAUCAAAGCAGGGAAACACGAGGAGACUCUCUUGGAACUGAACGAAACGAAGCGUUUGCGGAAAAAUGCCAAGGAUGUAGACUACUGUCGUGCCUUGUGUUUUUUGUUAGGCGAGCAUGAUGCGUUGCACGCUCGACAGGCUCUUCUAGAAGAAUUGCGCUACUUUCCUGAGAAUACCGCGGCUCGCAUGCUAUUGUACGACAUCAAUGGUAGGGUUCGUUCGUCCCUUCUUCCUCCUGUGGAGGUCACUAAACGUGAACCCCUCUUCGCUCUACUUUGUGAUGCUCUUUUAGAUCACACAAUGCUUACAUGGACACGGCUUUAUGGUUUGUAUCGCUUGGCAAAAGAGGUAUGCUGUAGAGAUCAGAAGGGUGUUCUUAUGGAAUGCGGCGUUGCUGGUGGGGGAUCCGGUGGUGCUGCUCGCAGUAG